AUGUGGUGCUCAGCCACUCACUCUUCAGACAUCGGUUUUGGGCCUGUGUAUUUCAGCAGCACAGUUGUGGUGGUGGGCAACCCACUUUUAGCCCAGUGCCUUAACCACGGCACCAAAUUGGCUUUCCUAUGGAGUGCCUCCACACACAGAGAGCCAGUUGACAUUGCUGACAAUGGAGCAGUGUGGAUCAUGUCAAGAUGCCUUAAACCCACACCAAUUGAGAAAGUGCAUCCUCUUGUUGGUAUUGCUCCACUGAGGAUUAGGAGAGUAGUAGCAACAGAUGGUUUUGGUCCUGUGGAGAGUGACUCCCACAGGGACAAAGCUUUAAAUCUCAAUUUGUCCCACAGGAUGAAGCACCCAUGUUCCUUCCUUAUAUUUCAGGACUCGAAUCGUCCUAAGACCAAUUUUAGGACCAUCUCAAACACCACUUUGCCUUCAAUCUGCAGCUGGUGUUUCUCAUUCAACGCUCUUCCAGAAAGACUGCUGCAGAAGGAAAACAUCUCCUCUGUCCUAAGUGACCGGCUUCAUAAACAGCAAGAAAUGGAUACUACAAAACCACAUGGAUUUUUCCUAGCCAGCUUCCUUGUCCUUGUGUUCUUGGGAGAUCUCACGGAGGCCUGCAGAUGUGAGCAAACAUCUCUCAAGAAAGCAUAUUGCAAACAUCACUUCAUGAUGAGGGCCAAAUUUAUGAGUGUCAAGCCAAAUCCUGAAUCUCCAUCAUAUUUUCCCAAAAAUAUUUAUAAUAUUCAGCCCAUUGAGGUAUACAAGGGUCCAGAGAAACUAAGAAACGCACAGUUUCUUUACAGCCCAGUCUCAGAUGAUUAUUGUGGAUAUGUACACAAAGGCCCUCUCAAAGGAGAAGAAUACCUAUUUUCAGGGUCAAUUUCUGAUGAUCAUUUUAAAAUCUCAAUGUGCAGCUUUUCAAAACCAUGGGAUAAAGUAACUUCUAAACAGAAAGAAAUCCUGAAAGGUGAUGGUGGCAAAGACUGCUGA